AUUACAUUCUCCCCCUUUCCAAUACAAAACAAAAUCAACUAACCCUAGGGUUUUCUCUCCCCAGUUUCCUUCGCCAUUCAAUCACCAUGACAGGAAAAGCAAAGCCAAAGAAGCAUACAGCGAAAGAAUUAGCUGCAAAGAUCGAUGCUGCAACGACUAACAGGGGGGGCGGUAAGGCUGGGUUAGCCGACAGGUCUGGUAUUGAAAAAGGUGGACAUGCGAAGCUUGAAUGUCCUCUUUGCAAAGUGACUGCACCUGAUAUUAAGUCUAUGAAGAUCCAUCAUGAUGCAAAACACCCAAAAAUUGCUUUUGAUGAGACAAAACUCAACAAUCUUCAUUCAACUGGUGUUGCUGAAUCAAGCACCAAGCCUAAACCUGGUAUCCGUGGAAGUCUUAAGAAGUGAAUUCUGUUUCUUUUUUUUAGGGAUGAUAAUAGUUUUGUGGUGGUGGGAAUCAUAUGAAUAAUAUCGAACCCACUUUUACUUUGUUUGUUCUGUUUCUGGUGAUGUAAUCUUUAUCAUAUGUUUCUUGGUUUAUGGUUUGUAUGGAUGUUUCUGCUACUGCGCUUAUUAUUCUGGGGUUGUUAUUCUGGAUAUAAUUUACUUUCAUAUAUAUUUUAUAUA